GCCGGCCAAGCGGCGAAGGGCUUUGAAUUCUAAUCUUGAUCGCUAUUCUACUUUCAUGGCUUGAAUGUAGCGCUUGUGCAAAGACGCGUCGCGUCGGCAUUACGUUUGCAAAGAAAGUGCAUUCGAAAUCAAAGCAACGUCUUACGACACAAUUUAGUGACGUCACGCAAUUGUUCCAUAAAUACCGCAUUGUGUUUAACACGCAAACCAAGGGGAAAACAAUAAAAUUCGUGAAUAAUUUAGCAGGCAGAUUCCGUUAAUUAUGCCAGUUGGAAAAAGUAUUCUGAUGACCCCGGAUCCAUAUCACACGCCGGGAUAUGGGGGUUUUUGUCCCCAGUUUAAAUACCAGAUAGGUGAAACCUUUGGAAGGACUACCUGCAAUUUGCUUAGAAACCCCGGGGUGGCCAGUUCUGGUAAACUGGUUCUCACUGACAUCCGUCCCGUCCGACCGGACUCCGCCUCAAAAUCCAAACUCCUCGCCAGAAGAACCCAGAGCUGGGGAGAUCAGAAACUGGUGGAGAAAAUGGUGCCCGGAUAUACAGGUUUUAUACCAAAGAGUCAGCAUUACUACGGAAACCGAUAUGCGCUGAACAGUAGAAAUGCCAUCAUAGAUUUUGAAACCGAUCAACAGAUGCACAAAAACAAAAUGAACGAGCUGAAACUUACAACAGCUCUCCAGAACGGAAAGAUGGUGCCAGCAGGAAACACACCCAAACUUCCGGAAAUAUACAGUAAAUACGUCACCCCCUUACAACCCAUCGCCAAGGAGCCCCAGCCGUACGUGUCCAAACACACCGUCUCCCAGCCCCUGUCCCCCUACUACUUGUCCAAUAACGACUCCAGGAAAAACUUCAUGUCAGGCUACACUGGUUUUGUACCCAGAAGUCGUGACCAGCUCGGAUUGGGUUAUCCAAUCAUCACACACCUAGCUCUGAAUGAGUUCACGGAUGAUCUCCGCGCCAAAUCCGCCACCCAGGCCUCCGAAGGGGUCCAGGUUGAUAGAUCCGCCCCUGCCAUGAUGCAUGGAAAACCUAUAUACCCGGUAGAAACUGGACUGGUUCCCCAUUAUACCGGGCAUAUACCAGGUCAAAAAUUCCGGUACGGCAACACAUUCGGACACAGCACGGAGAACGCACUAAAGCACAAAAUGAGUAUACUGUGAUCACAACUUUCCCGGAAAACAGCAGCACGCAAUCACAGGAUUUCAUGGAUGGCAUUCGAUAUUUCAAACAUUUCAUACAUACACAUUUUACAAAAGAUAAAUAUGAAUUAUAUACAGUCAUUAUCUCAGUGAAGAAACUUAUUCGGGUUCCGUCUAUUUUUGAAUUCAAGAGUUGUGCUUAAUACAUUCCAUUAACCGAAAAGUAUUAAACAUUGUUAUAUUUUUUUAAAACCAGUAUUAUUUUUAUUGUUUGUUUUCUAUAACUUAUUUGUUGAAAUUUGGAUAUAUGUUUUUCUUUCUGCGAAUAGUUGUGCAUAU